CGCACAAUUGCACGGCCAAGCACGCCACCAGCGGGCCGGCGGCAACCACAGUCCAGCGGCCAGCCGGGAACCAUCGCCCACCAAACCCAUCAGCCGCCGAUUCCGCUCAUCUAGCCGACAGCUGUAACUUCCGAGUCCGGCAAAGCUAAGAAUUUCGUGAGCGUUACCCAUUACUAAGAUCUGCCCCUGGUCACAAGCUCAAAAGAAGGAACACAGGAUGGCUGCUCAGCCUCUCCAAACCUUAAACAUUCCAAAAACCCAUCACAGAAGUCUCUCCCUCUAUAAUAAUCAACCUAGGAUUCCAUCCUGUCGAUCACCAUCAUCAUCACUCAAAGCAUUUCCAAGAAUGAGGAACAAAUACCCACCAAUAUAUGCCGCAUCAGCAGAGCCUUCUGUCCAGCAGCAAAAUCAAAACUUUCCGGUACUUCAGGCAUUGAGUGACAGUGAUCGCAAGGAGGAGGCCAUGGUUUCCAUCAAAAACUCGCUUUCCAAUUGUUUGUCCGAGACCCACCUCGAUUUAACUGUCCCUGCCCUCAAAUCAAAGAUCCGCGGCAAGGUUAGGGAUAUAUACGACGGAGGGGAUUAUCUUGUUCUGGUGACGACUGACAGGCAAAGUGCAUUUGAUAGGAUUCUUGCUUCAAUUCCCUUCAAAGGCCAGGUGCUGAAUGAGACUAGUUUAUGGUGGUUCAACAGAACUCAACACAUUAUUCCCAAUGCAGUAGUAGCAUCACCAGACCGGAAUGUCACUAUUGCAAAGAAGUGUUCAGUGUUUCCUGUUGAAUUUGUUGUUAGAGGAUAUGUGACGGGAAGCACGGAUACAUCACUCUGGACUGUUUACAAGAAUGGGGUUCGAAAUUACUGUGGCAAUGUCCUCCCUGAUGGACUGGUGAAAAACCAAAAAUUGUCAGCAAACAUACUUACCCCAACUACUAAAGCUGCUGAUCAUGAUGUACCUGUAACCCCAGAUGAGAUAGUUCAACUAUGGCUAAUGACCCAAGAUGAGUAUGACGAAGCAAGUAGGAAAGCCUUGAGCUUAUUUGAAUUUGGGCAGCGUGUUGCACUAGAACACGGAUUAAUACUGGUGGACACAAAGUAUGAAUUCGGGAAGGGGCCUGAUGGAACUGUUCUUUUGAUCGAUGAGGUGCAUACACCCGACUCAAGCAGAUACUGGAUCGCUCGUUCUUAUGAGGACCGCUUCCAUGAUGGUCUAGAGCCUGAAAAUGUCGACAAGGAAUUUCUGAGAUUGUGGUUUAAAAACCACUGCAAUCCGUACGAGGACAAGGUUUUGCCUGAAGCUCCACAAGAACUCGUAGCUGAACUAGCCUGGCGUUACAUUUUCUUGUAUGAGACGAUAACGAAGUCUAACUUUGAGCUUCCCUCAACAGAGGAGCCAAUCCAUGAUCGAAUCUCCCGAAAUGUUUCUCGAGCUCUUUCUUCUCUCUUGUAACCGGGUGGCACGCCACCACCACCGACCUCUCUAGUACUCAGUUGGGGAAGACAAUUUCGUGAUCUUAUAGAUAGACUAAAAGUUUGAAAUAAAUGUUUUUGGCAUUAUGAAAAUACUUAUUAUUGCGUUUCAUAAUAAUAACAACAAUAAUAAAAAGGAAUUGUAUUU